GUGGACGCUCUUAUUAUGCCAACCAGAACCGGAAGUGUGCUAUUGCUGCAUCUCGGGAAUGCGAUUGAUAUUGCGUCACUGCUGCCUGAAAACAAAUCAGACCGAUCAUCAACACGUCCACAAACGAAGCUCAACAGAACCGGAUGGCUGCGCGGAUGCUGUGAAAGCGCAACCGGAUGUCAAAGUGGACUCGAGAGGCGCCUGAAGAAGAAACCGCGACACACAUUUGGACGGCGUCGAAAGCGGCCUAACUUCCCUCAUUUCCCUUCCGAGAUGGCCGACACGGAGGUUUCCUUCUCUCCCGCCCUGCGUCUGCUCCACCUGAGCCCCACCCACGCGGCGGCGGCCCCCGCCUCGGCGCCCGCCCCCCCGUCUUCGUCGCCUACCAGCUUCUCGUGCCCCUCGUCCCCUUCCAGCGCCUCGUCGUCCUCGUCGUCGUCCUCGUCGUCGAGCUGUUCCGAGAGUUCGUCGGACUGCCCGUCCCGCCGCCGCCACCACCGUCACCCGCAGCCCCGCCCCCAGCCGCCGCUGCCGCCGCCCUGCCGGGACGAGCGGCCGUCGUCGCCCAGCGCCAGCCCCCGCAGCUCCAGCCCCAGCGGCAGCGUGGCCAGCAGCAGCGGCAGCCUCAGCAGCGACGCCGACGCCAACGCCGACCCCCCGCCGGACCCCAAAGAGGGGGCGGAGCAAGUGAUCGACGCUGAGGUGGCGCUGAAGGCCUGCAAGGAAGUUCUGCUCCAAGUCCAAAUGCAGAAGCAGGAAGGCGUCAUCAAAGAGGAGGACGACGACGAGGCGAACGGGCACGGCCCGUCUCCGUCGUCCAAUCAGUCGUCGUGGCUGCUGCGCCUGUUCGAGUCCAAGCUGUUCGACGUGUCCAUGGCGGUGGCGUACCUGUUCAAGUCCAAGGAGCCCGGCGUGCAGGCGUACAUCGGGAACCGCCUCUUCAGCUUCCCCGCCGGCGAGGUCGAUUUUUACCUGCCGCAGUUGCUCAGCAUGUACGUGCACAUGGACGCCGAGGUGGGCGACGCCAUCAAGCCUUACCUGGUGCAUCGCUGCGGGGGCAGCAUCGUGUUCUCUUUACUGUGCACGUGGCUGCUGGGCGCCUACUCGUCCGACAUGCACAUCUCGGCCCAGCGACAUUCCCGCGGAGCCAAGCUCCGCAAACUCAUUCUCUCCGACGAGCUGCGCCCCCCCGCCGCCGCCCGGGGCUCCGCCUUCCCGCGGACGCCCUCGCCAUCACGCCACCGCGCUCACUGUCGCCAUCGCGGCAGCCACGCCGACCGGUUGCCAUGCGGGUCCCCCUCGCGGAGGACCCACCAGCGGUCCAAGUCGGACGCCGCCGCCGCCGCGCCCAGCGGGCCGGGCGCCGCCAUGCGCAGGACAGGAAGUAACCCCAAAGUGGAGGCGGUCCAUGAGGAGCCGGAGCGUCUGCGUCCUCAGCGCGAGCUGGUCAAGUCUCUGCUGGCCAUCGGUCGCCGCCUGGCGUCGCUGCCCGGCAAGGAGCAGAAGACGCAGCGUCUGAUCUCGGAACUGUCGCUGCUCAACCACAAACUUCCCGCCAGAGUUUGGCUGCCCACCGCAGACUUCCCGCACCACCUGGUCCGGAUCCCGCACACGCAGGCGGCCGUGCUCAACUCCAAGGACAAGGCUCCAUACAUCAUCUACGUGGAGGUGCUGGAGUGCGACAACUUUGAGACGUCGGCCGUUCCCGCACGCAUCCCCGUGACUCGGAUCCGCUCGGCGCGCUCCGCCGACAACCUGGACUACAACGCGGACUGCGCCGUCACGGCCGCGCCCGCUGCCCCCGGCAACUUCUCCGCCGUCCACAACUACGACAACGACGACGACGCCUGGGCCACGGACGACAUCGGACAGCUGCAGGUGGCGGUGAGCGCUAGCCUGAUGCUAACAAGCUUCCUGUUUAUUUCCCCGUUUACUUCCUGUUUAAUUUCUGUUAACUUCCUGUCUGCUUCCUGUUGCGCGGCGGAGGUUCAGACAAGCAGCAGUGACAACCUGAGUCAGUUUUCGGUGGACAGCCUGACCAGCGUGGAGAGCAGGGAGGUGUUCGUUGCCGCCGGAGACAUCAGACGCCGCUUGUCGGAGAACCUGGCGCACACGCCCACUUCCUUCAGAAAGGACCCCGAGGACCCCUCGGCCGUCGCCCUCAAAGAGCCCUGGGAGGAAAAAGUCAGGCGCAUCCGCGAGGCGUCCCCUUACGGUCACCUGUCCAGCUGGCGUCUCCUUCCCGUCAUCGUCAAGUGCGGAGACGACCUGAGACAAGAGCUUCUGGCCUAUCAGGUGCUCACGCAGCUGCAGGCCAUCUGGCGUCAGGAGCGACUUCCUCUGUGGAUCAAACCUUACAAGAUCCUGGUGAUGUCGGCAGACAGCGGCAUGAUCGAACCCGUCCUCAACGCCGUGUCGCUGCAUCAGGUGCGCAAGCAGAGUCAACUGUCGCUGCUGGACUACUUCCUGCAGGAACACGGCAGCUUCACCACCGAACAGUUCCUCAGCGCUCAGCGGAAUUUUGUGCAGAGCUGCGCCGGCUACAGCCUCGUUUGUUACCUCCUGCAAGUCAAAGACAGACACAACGGUAACAUCCUGGUGGACUCGGAAGGCCACAUCAUUCACAUCGACUUCGGCUUCAUCUUGUCCAGUUCUCCUCGCAAUCUCGGCUUCGAGACGUCCGCCUUCAAGCUCACCCCGGAGUUUGUGGACGUGAUGGGCGGCCUGGAUGGAGACAUGUUCGUGUACUACAAGAUGCUGAUGCUCCAGGGAAUGAUCGCGGCCAGGAAGCACAUGGACAAGGUGCUGCACAUCGUGGAGAUCAUGCAGCAAGGGUCGCAGCUGGCGUGCUUCCAGGGCACGGGGACCAUCCGCGGCCUGAAGGAGCGUUUCCACAUGAGCCUGACGGAGGAGCAGCUGCAGCUGCUGCUGGAGCAGCUGGUGGACGGCUCGGUGCGCUCCAUCACCACCAAACUCUACGACUCCUACCAGUACGUCACCAACGGGAUCAUGUGAUUCCGUUGCCACCCGCGACGCCGACGACACCGCCGGGAAAAACGGCGCUCGACUCGACCUUCCUCCAAAGCUCAACCUUUAUGUGUCUGCUUAUUAUUCUGCUUCUUUCUUAUUUUUGGAUGCUUCCGUCUUCUUCUCUUUAGUAUUCCCGCUUCUUCAUCUUUUUUUUGUUUUACUUCUGCUGUUUCCUAUUUUCUUCUGCUUCAUUUGUUUAUUUUCAGCUUUUUUUCUGAUGCUGCUUAUUGUUUUUGUGCUUUUUAGUAGUAUUUUUUUUCUUUUUUCAUCUGCUUUUAUCCUGCUUACUUUUCCUUCUAGAGCUACUUGAGCUGCCUUAUCUUCUUUUUCUUCGGCUGCUACUUCUUCGCCUUCUUCCGUUGCCUCUCGCUCUACUGAAGCACGCCGAGGCUCCGCGUGAUGAAAAGUAGCUUUUGUGUUGCGUCGUGUCGCUGCCACACUUCUGCCAACAUUCCUGCACUAGCCUGGCGUUUUAGCUUUAGCAUUUAUGCUAACCUUGCACACAGGGCAGACGCUGAAUGUUUUUGUUUUGUCGUUUUCUUCCAGUCGAAAACUUCACAACAUCUCAGAGUUGUGACGGGAACGCCAACGUGCUAAUAUUAGCAUGAUCACGGAAGCCACGUUUUGUUUACAUGUUGAACGAAGGUCCGUUAGCAAUUUCAUGUUGCCGCAGCAUUUUAAAAUGAAGCAUUUUUAUCGUUUAAAAGGAACCUGGUUUUGUUUCCUAAAGAACACAUGCACUAAGUUUACACUUCAUGAAUCUGUUGUCGCUCUGCGAUUGGCUGACACUACAUUCCUGGGAUUGACUCCAGCCAAUCAGGCGGCGCAUUUACGUUUCGUUUGUACGACUGCUAUAGGAGGACCUGAUUGAAGACACUUUAUGUGAACUCACACCUUUGUAUUGUUAGCGAGGAGCUAGCCUAGCCUAGUAGUAGCCUACUGCUAACACACUUUAGUAUGAAUUCUAAUAAUAAAUGUACAGUCUAUAUUUAUAUUUACUGCAGGGCUGUCAAAUUGUACUAACCAGCUAACUUUUAGGGGGGUACAAAAAAACUCUAAACUGGAAUAAAGUAACUGUUUUGGUUGACAGCUGAUCACGAUCAGUGAAACUUUUUCUCUUUUUUAACCACAAAAGAGAAAGCACAGUGUUCCGUUAGCCAGCUAGCUGACAUUUUUUUGUUCCCGUUUGUUGAGAAUGCAAACAGGCCCAUGAAAACAAAAUAAGUACUGUUGCCUUUUUCCUUCUUUCAACUAUUUGAUAAAAAAAAAGUGCAAAUAAAAAAAAUUCAGUUUGAAUGUGAAAACUUGUCUGAAGUGCUCCUUUAACAUCUUUAAAAAGAAAAACAAAACAUUCUACAAUACCAAGGGGUCUGCUAGCCGCGGCUCCAGAGCCGCAUGUGGCGCUCUCAUCUGUCUGCUUGGGCUCUUUGUGACUUUGCAAAAUAAAGGAGUAUUUAAACUAAAAUGAGUUCAUUAGUUUGUCAAAUGUAAUCCUAAAUUUGGAGAUUAUGCUGCUCCUGUGACAUUAAAAUAUAUGUAUUUUU